AGCUGUCCCAAAAUAUAAUGGUAAAAGCAAAAACGUGAUCUUCUGUGAUACAGAGUUUUUUCAGAAAAUGUUACAAGAUGAAGCGUCUUGUCUGUUUUCACAGUAUAGGUAAAUCAGAUAAGUGUUUGAACACAGCACCUGUCUAAGUAUGCAGUCUGCUAAUGUGCUUCUGAAAAAAAUCGUACGAAGUUCUGUCCUUCCAUUUGCUGCACGACAUGGGAUGAAAAAGGAUUUGUUUCCACUCAGUAGAACUCUGAGUUUAUCGUUUUGUCUGAAGCAGGACAAUUCAUGCAAUCCCUCAGAAAAACUAGAUUUAGAUGCGUGGAAGAAGGUAAUGAGGUCUGGGGUGCAAGACGAAGUCAGUGAGACAGUCUCUGAGCGUAAGGAGCUUUCCACUUUGGCUGCUGCACGUGAGGUUUUGGAGAUGUGGAGACUAGCUGGCAGAUCGGUUCCAGAAAAUAUCAGUGAAGAACAGCUAAAAACCUUUAUGGAAUGUCCUUCAAAGUCAGCCAAAAAGAAGUAUUUAAAAUAUUUGCAUCUCAAAGAACUUCACAAGAAAAACAACAAAAGAAAGAUGGAUGAGAAAAGGCAAAGGAGGCUGGAAACAGAAGAGCAAGCUUCAAAAACUGAUGAGACCAAAAGGAAUUCGUUCAUACGUUUGUGGGCCAGCUGUAUGGACAGAACAUACGGUUGGAGGGCUGCUCAGUCUAUGAUCUUUGGCCAACCUCUAGUAUUUGACAUGUCUUACGAAAAGGAUAUGUCCGUCCGAGAAGUUGCAAAUACAGUGAGACAGAUAGUUCUCAGUGAAGGCUGCAAUCGAAGAUCUGUGGAUCCGUUCCACAUCCACUUCUGCAACUUAAAAGGCGACAGCCUCUAUCACAAGGAAUUUAUCAAGCAUUACAGAGAGGCAUGGGGCAAAUUGCUUAUCACUGUGACAGACCAGUGCUACACAGACGUCUUUCCAAAGGAUAAACUUAUCUAUCUGACUGCUGAUUCUCCCAAAGUAAUGAAAACAUUCGAUCACGAUAAAAUCUAUAUUGUCGGGUCAAUGGUUGACAGGAGCAUAAAAACAGGAGUCUCUUUAGCACGGGCAAAGCGAUUGGGGCUGGAGACUGCGGCCCUUCCGUUGGAGAAGUACUUGCUUUGGAAUACCGGUGCCAAAAAUCUCACGCUGGAUCAAAUGAUGCAUAUUUUAUUAAGCUUGAAAGAUACUGGAGACUGGAAGACGGCUCUGGAAUUUGUUCCGAAAAGGAAAUAUUGUGGCUUCAUAAGCAAGCCUGUGCACGAACUGAAAAAAACCUUAAACCUGAUCAACAUGCUUAAACUUGGAAAGAGACAGGAAGAAGUGCGAAAGCAAUUUGCCAAGAACUACUCUAAGAAGCUAACGCAAAAGUAGAGUGGUGGGGAAGAGAAUGAUUUAUUACGAGCAGACUGCUUGAAUGCUCCGGUUUCUCGGGGCUUCUGGAACUGUAUUCAGCUAUCUCUCUCUAAAAAUGCCUUUGUUGGUCAAGUUUGAAAGGACUGAUGUUAGGGAUUUUUUUUUUUUUAAUGACUGUAGUAUUCCAGCUGUUUGAAUUUCUUCACAGAUUAUUGAAAUUGUGUAAGGGAAAUGAGAUAAUCUGUUCUAAACAUUUACUCUGUACAAAGAAUAUAAAUCUGUUCAGUUG